AUGGAUCAACAACCUUCUAGCACUAAUGAUCUGGAUACUGUACAUUUCUCAGAGCCGAAUUCGGAUAGCUUGGUCGAGGAACAGGCUGUCAAAGUUGAUGUAUUAUCAGGGGCAAACCCUCCACCAAAAAGUAGUGAUACAUCUAUCGUGAUUGAUCCUAUUGAUAGUUUGGCGGUUAAUGGGUCUGUGGGUGGUUCUAGACCCACUUCUGGUGGUAAUGGAGCUGUUUCCGCUAUUAGCUCGUUUUGGAACCAAUGGACUCAAGCUGCUACUGCUACUGCUACUGCUACUGCUACUGCUACUACUCCUCCAGUAAUGAUCCAAGACAAACAAUAUACCGAACUCAAGGACUUUGAAAGCAAGAUCACGGGGAUCAUCAAUCUUACGUAUCGAUUUGAUUUCGAGCCUAUCCCCAAACAUCCUGAUGGUCCUACUCCCAUGGGGUUCAUCCCCAACAUGAUCUUGACCAAAGGGAUGUAUCACAAUUUUACUCGUAAUGUAGCCAACUUAAUAAGCUCUGAGGCUUUUACCAAUGAUGUUGGAUGGGGUUGUAUGAUCAGGACUUCUCAGAGUCUACUUGCUAAUUCUUUAAUGCUGUUUGGUGGAAGAUCAGUUGAUGAAGCCACGGUUCUCGGGUAUUUCCGUGAUAAGUCUACUGCUCCAUUUUCGCUUCAUAAUUUCAUUCAGGUAGCUGGUGAAUCGCCCCUUCAGGUUAAACCGGGCGAAUGGUUUGGUCCGAACGCUGCCUCUCUUUCCAUUAAACGAUUGACUAACGGCUUACAACAGUGGGGGCCACUCCCUAAGAUCGAAGUUAUGAUAGAGGCAAGUGAUAUGUACGACGAAAGAGUUAAAGCAGUGUUCGCUAAACGAGACAUUUCUGGAUUAUUAGUGCUAUUUCCUGUCCGUUUGGGAAUAGAUAAAAUACAUUCGGUUUACCAUUCAAGUUUGCUUCAUCUUCUUUCAAUUCCUCAGUCUGCAGGCAUUGCUGGGGGGAAACCGAGCUCUAGCUUUUAUUUUGUGGGGUUCCAAGGCACAGAAUUGAUUUAUUUGGACCCCCAUUACCCACAAACAUGUACUGAAGAAGAUAUAAAGGUGUUGAACGAAUCUUACCAUCCCAAAAAUUAUCAUCGUUUGGACAUCACCGGCUUGGACCCUUCAAUGAUGAUUGGUGUCAACUUGCGUGAUUGGGAUGAUUAUGUUGCCUUCAAAAAAAGCUGUGCGGCGAAUUCUAACAAAAUCAUAUACUUCCAAGAGCAUCCACCUUCUUCUCAAUCGAUGUCUUCCGUUCCUACUGCUACUCUCAGACCGAGGAAGAAUUCAGAAUUUGUUCUGAUAACGUCUAAGGAUUACGAAGAAGAUUUUGUAACAAUAGACAAUGAUCAGAGUGAAUUUGUUGAAAUUAAUAAUGUGGCGGCGGUUCACGAAAGAGAUGCUGAAGUAUUAGUUUCAGUUCCUGCUGAAGAAAUUGUUAUCGUUGAUAAAAGUUAA